AUGGACCAGCAGGUGGAGGCUGGCCUGCCCCUGGGAAAUCGGCCCACGCGGCUGCCCUCCCAGUCCUCUGGAAUGGCCGGGGCCCAGCGGGGCAGAGCGCCGCAGGGAGUUCUCAGUCCGCAGGCGCCGUCUGUCAGUAAGUCGGCGGAGCUUUGCGCAGAGGGCUGUGUGUCUCUCAUUUCGUCUGCGGAGCAAUCAGAGUCAGUGACCUUCGAGGAUGUAGCCAUCUACUUCUCUGAGAACGAAUGGACCGGCCUGACCCCUUCUCAGAGGGCCCUGUACAGGAAUGUGAUGCUGGAGGAUUAUGGGGCUGUGGCUUCCCUGGCAUUUCCAUUUCCCAAGCCGGCUCUGAUUUUCAAGCUGGACGAAGCACCAUGGAGCUUGGCUCCUCAGGGAGCUCUGGAUGGAGAGGGCCCGAGGGGCAUCUCCUCAGAGUCUGUGUCCAAGAGUGAGAAAGAAGGUUUUAUUCUGAAGGAGGAUACUUUUGAGGAGGCACAGAACCACAUGAUGCUAUCAGGUGGACCCCAGUGCUGUGGUUCCCAGGAAUUCUGGUUUGGAAAGACCUGUGAAGAGGAGAAAAGCAGGUUAAGGAGAUGGCCUGCCUACCCCAAUAGGGAAAGUGUGGAGAACACUACAUAUGACAUUAUAGAAGUGAUUGUCAAGGAUGAGAUGAUCUCAGUAGAAGAGCAUUUGAAAGAUGCUGAUGUUUAUACCCAUCUUGUACCUCAGAAAAGUCUACGUGAGCAGGUAUUCUGUAUAUGUGAAGAAAGUGGCAAGUGUUUUGAUCAAAAUGAAGACUUUGAAAAACAUCAGAGAAUUCAUAAUGGGAAGAAAGUCUGUGGAUGUAAGGAAUGCGGGAAGACUUUCAGUUUCAGAUAACACUGCAUUGUACAUCAGAGGAUUCACACUGGGGUGAAACCCUACGUAUGUCAAGAAUGUUCUAAAGCCUUCGUUUGGAAGUCAAACCUGAUUGGGCACCAGAGAAUUCACACUGGAGAGAAACCCUUUGAAUGUAAGGAAUGUGGGAAGGGCUUUAGUCAGAACACAAGCCAUACACAACAUCAGUGAAUCCACACCGGGGAGAAACCAUAUACAUGUAAGGAAUGUGGGAAAAGUUUUACUCAGAGCCCAGUCCUUCUUCGACAUCAGAGAAUCCACACUGGGGAGAAAGCUUAUGAAUGUAAGUACUGUGGGAAAGGCUUCAUGCGGAACUCGGAUCUUGCUCAGCACCAAUGGGUCCACACUGGAGAGAAGCCUCAUGAAUGUAUUGACUGUGGGAGCUUCAUUUGCAAGGCACGCCUUACUCGUCAUCAAAGAAUCCAUACUGCGGAAAGACCCUAUAAAUGUAAUGACUAUGGGAAGGCCUUCAGUCAGAAUUCUGUUUUAAUUAUGCACCAGAGGUGCCAUGCUAGAGAGAAACCCUAUAACUGUCAGACUUCUCACUUUCUUGAACAUUAGAGAAUGCAUAAUGUUGAUACUUGUUUAUAAUUCUUAUGCUACAGGAACCCCAGCCACAAGAUGAGAUGACUGCCCACAGUUUGCUGCAACUGUAAUAGCCAGUGUUGUCUUGCCCCUUCUUCUGAGUGGAUACCCUGUACUCCAGCAAGACUGGUCUCUCUGUUCAGCCAUAGUCAUACUAGGCAACAUUUAGUUGAGCACCUACUCUAUGUCAGCUCCUCAGCCCGUAGCAACUGACCUCUGCACCCACCAAACUCCUUGAACUGAGGUUACUACCAGCACCUGGCUUCCUGGGCUUCAUCAUCUACAGUUGUAAAAUCAGGGCUGAAUUUGCACUUUUAGGUCUCAAAACAAGACAUUUCUGAGAAAAGUGAAUCCCGUGGUUUGGCCUCGGAGGAACGUUAAGAGACCUUCCCCAGGGACCUGGUUUUCAAGUUACCUGUGAAUCAGAGAGCAAGAUAGAGAGGGCUUCAGGAAGUCUCAUAAGGGAUGGAAUGAAGAAAAAUAAGAGAGAUUCAGCAAAGGAGGGAGUAAACAAUGAGAAAAUUCCUAUAAAAAAUAGAUGUCAUGCACAUAAGAAAUCAGAAAAAAAUGUUGGGGUCAGUUCACACAUCUGCAAUUUUCAGGUGUGUAAAGAGUGUGGCAAAGCCUUUAACUUCAACUCAGCACCAGCAAGUCAGCACUGGAGGGAAACCUUUUAGAUGCAAGGACUACAGCAAGGCCUUCAAGCAAAAAGUCAGCUUAAAUCAAUAUCAAUGGAUCCAAAAGAAAAAAAGAAAAGGAAAGAAAAAAGAAAAAGAGAACCCAAGAUCAAUGGAUCCACCCUUGGGUGAAGCCCUACAAAUGCAGAGUGUGGGAAAGGCUUCAACAAGAGUUCAGGAUUGAAGCAGCACUGAAGGCUUCAUGUUAGAGAAAAACCCUGUGAAUGUGAGAAAUGUGGGAAAGUCUUCAUUCAGAACUCAAAUUUUAUUCGUCGUUGGAGAAUUCAUCCUGGAGAGAAACUUUUAAAUGUAAUCUUGUUCUGUGUGUCCCCUUAGUGCAGUGGUGAGCUUCUCCGUAGCAGGAUUGGUCAGGAAGGUGGACUGUCCCCAAAGGAGAUGAAUAUAAGGAAUGACCUUGAGAGUGUCUGUCUUUCCUUAGAUUUUAGUUCCCGAGAGUGUUACCUUUCCCUGAGACAGGAAUAAAAGAGGUCAGAUGACGACAACAGUGUCCUUAACAGCCAGGCCCCAGCAUGGUCCACUUCCAAACUAGCUCUGAUCUCUCAUCUUGAGCAAGGGAAAGAGUCACGUUUCACCCAGCCCCAGGGACCCCUAAGCAGGAGGAACAGGAGAACAGGUUCUACAGGUAUGAACGCUAUAGAAAAAUAGUUUUGAACAUGCAGGAACCCAGAGGCUAUUAUACCCAUGAGUACUUCUUGAGAAAAUUAUGGAGUUUUAACUUCAGUCAACCCAGAAAUAAUGGAAAACUAGGGCAAAAGGGGACAGGCGUACGCAAAGAAUAUAUUUAACUGAAGAACUAAGACCGAACAAAUGCAUCUUGGCUCUGGAGAAAGCUGCGUGGCAAGAGGCGGUUGGUGACGGCAUUCUGCCUCUUAACGGCUCUGUCUGUGGUGGCUGUCACCCGCUUCCCUCCACAGCACCCAGCC